AUGGCGAUCACUACUCAGCAAGCAAUGAAAGACGGUGUAGAACCACUACAUUACCUGAUGCUUACGUCCACAAAUUAUUCCACUUGGGCGAUCAAGUUGGAAGCAAACAUGGAGACCUUGGGAGUCUGGGAAGCCAUCGAGCCCUCUGCUGGAGUGGCAGUGGAUAUAAGGAAGGACAAGAUGGCACGGGCAUGCAUCUUUCAAUCCGUACCCGAGGAUGUGCUGCUGCUACAAAUCGCUAAGAAGAAGACUGCGAAGGAAGCGUGGGAUAGUCUGAAAACUCGGUAUCUUGGUGUUGAUCGAGUAAAGAAGGCAAGAGCACAAACGCUGAAGAGCAAGUUUGAGGCUUUGAGGAUGAGGGAGAACGAAUCCAUUGAUGAGUUUGCUAGGAAGAUCAGUGGUUUGGCAAACAAGUUCAGUAAACUUGGAGCUGCCAUAAAGGAUGCCACUCUUGUCAAGAAGUUGUUCGAUUCUGUUCGGAACAAGUACCUACAGGUUGUUGCCUCACUCGAGCAACUACUCGAUGUGGAAGCUAUGCCGUUUAAGGAGGCAAUCGGCCGGUUGAAGGCAUAUGAAGAACGCAUACGCAAAAGUGAUGGCUGUGGUGAGAACCUUUUGCACACUCAUGUAGAGUGGAUUGCACAUAUGAAGAAAGACAGUGGGGAGCUGUCAAAGAAUGGUACUAGCAGCCUUGAGAGGCAUGGGCAAGGAAGAGGACGCGACAGGGGCCAAGGCCAUGGCAAAGGUGGGCGUGGUAGUUUCAACACUCGUCGCCAUUUCAGAACAGGUAGUAUUGGGAGCAAAAGCAGGGAUAAGAGCCACAUAAAGUACUUCAACUGUGAUAAGAUGGGGCAUUAUGCCAAUGAGUGCUGGAGCCAGUGGCGGCGCCGGGGUGUGGCGAGGAGGGAUAUUCGCCACACCCUCUGCCAGAAAAAAAAACCUGAGGAUUGA